AUGACUUCUCCAUGGAUCUACUUUACGUCGUUAAUGAUGACUUGUGCGAGCAUCAUGUUGCACAUGUACUUUACUGUCAUGUAUUCGGAUUUAAAGGAUGACUUUAUUAAUCCUAUUGACUUGUCUCGAAAAUUGAAUUACUAUGUUAUUCCUGAAAUGUUGUUGCACGCCAUUAGCUCUGUUCUUCUAUUAUUUUCGGGAGCCUGGGUAUGCUUCAUCUUCAACCUUCCUAUGAUGCUUUGGAAUGUUCAAUUAUAUGUAACCCAUAACCAUCUCCACGACUCUACUACUAUUUUCAAGGAUGUAUCCGAUCGACAAAAACGUUCCUUCAUCAAGCUAGCCUGGUUCUCUAUUCUCUUCUUCACUUACUUGUUCAUGUUUGUUAGCCGCCUUGUGGAUUAA